GGUGAUCAUGUGGUGCAUGUUUCCUCUGCGCAGACACUAACGAGUGCGAGACUAACAACGGCGGCUGUUCCCACACGUGCAGCGACCUGAAGAUGGGAUACGAGUGUGUGUGUCCGGACGGAUUCCACCUCAUCAACCGCACACACUGUGAAGACGUGGACGAGUGUGCAGACGCAGACAGAUGCACUCAGAUCUGCAUAAACCUGCCGGGCAGCUUCAGGUGUGACUGUGAAGAUGGGUUUGAGCUGGAUCACAUGACCAAAGACUGCAAAGCAGUAACAGGGUCCGGUGCGUUCCUGCUCUUCAGCACGAGGCACGAGGUCAGGAAGAUGGAGCUGGGCAGCCGGACGUACACGGCUCUGAUCCGCCGGCAGAAGAACGUGGUGGCGCUGGAUGUGGAUGUCCACAACAACACCAUCUUCUGGUCUGACAUGAGCCUGAAGAAGAUCUACAGCGCCGCGGCCGCUGACCCCGCCCACCCCAGCACUGUGAUUGACAGCCGGAUCUCCCGCCCCGAGGGUCUGGCGGUGGACUGGAUCCACGGGAACAUCUACUGGACGGACGGCGAGCUGCGGACGGUGUCGGUGGCGACGGUAGACGGCAGCAAACGCAAGACUCUGGUGAGCGAGGGCCUGCACAAUCCGCGUGCCAUCGUCGUGGACCCGCAGCGCAGCUUCUUGUUCUGGACGGACUGGGGCGAGCCGGCGCGGAUCGAGAGGAGCGGUCUGAACGGUGCGGACCGGACGGCUCUGGUGACUGACCACAUCGCCUGGCCCAACGGUGUCACGCUCGAUGUGCUGAGCGGCCGGCUGUACUGGGUCGACUCCAAGCUGCACACUCUGUCCAGCAUCAGUGUGAACGGAGCCGGACGCCACACACUGAUCCAGGACCAGCACACGCUGCCUCACCCGAUGGCCCUCGCUGUGUUUCAGGAGAAAGUCUUCUGGACCGAUGUGUCUAAUAACGGGAUCUGGAGCGCCAGCCGUGUGACGGGACGAGACGUGGCUGCUGUGGUCGAGCAUCUGCAGUGGCCCGAGGACAUCGUGCUCUAUCACAGCCUGAGACAGCCGUCCGGAAGGGACUGGUGUAGAGACGCUGAGCUCAACGGUGGCUGUGAGUUUCUGUGUCUACCAGCGCCGCAGACCAACACACUCUCGCCCAAAUACACCUGCGCCUGUCCUGAUCACCUGACCCUGGCCGCAGACAUGAGGACGUGUGUGUCAGGAAAUAAUGCAGAACAAGAUCCGGUUUCCAGCCCUUCCCAGCAUCCCAUGGUCCUGUACAUCACACUUCUCAUCGGUCAGUAAACCAUCAUUCUCAUGAAACACAGUCGCUCACUGACCGAUCGCCAGCGUGAGUGACCCGU